AUGGCAGAGAAGCGGACUGACCGUGCUGGCUUCAUUGGAGGUCCCGGUGCCUGCCAGACGGACACCAUGAUUGGGGCUCGACAGACUACGGUGAAGACGAGCUUCUUGAUCAAUGAAUGUAUGUCUCAGAACAUCUCCUUUGAGCCUUUGAACUCGCGGGGCAGGUCCAGCACGACUGCGGAUAAUGCGCUUGACUGCCAGAAGCAGUGCCGCGACACGAGCUGGUGUUCCAGCUUCGUCUUCAACACCCUUCUAAAAUCCUGUGAUCUGCAGGACGUGCUAGCAAAGCCCGUUCACACGGGCAUCCUCUAUCAGAUGUCCGGGCCGCCUAGCUGCAAAGCGACGGUCAAGUUCGAGGUCGACGUAAACCACGAUGGGGCGCUGGAGGUUUCCACACAGAACUUGACUUCGGUUGUGAAGGCAGCUUUGGUAGUCGUGGCAGGAAGAUAUCCCUUGUACUUUGGCGGCAACAAUCAAAAUGGCAGGGACGUAGAGAGAACACUUCCUGUCGUGCAUCCGGACGAGCUCUUCGCUGUUCCGGACAAGGUAUCCAGUACACAUCUCCACUACAAUGUCAUGGUCGACAUCCCUUCAUCCCGAGCACUCUACUUCUACAACUUGCUUACGCAUGACCAGACUGGCGAUGAGUUUCACAAGGCCAUGAACAAUUUCACGGGCAACAUUUGGGGCGGGUUCAAGUUCCCGGGGAAAGUCCCGGUUGUGAGCGUGAGCAAUGCCAAGCUCGACGUCAAAGGGGACAGGUGGCACCAGCGGAUCGCACGCCCGAACCUGGAUGAAAUCCAACUAAGCGCUGUGGCAGCGGAUGUGGAGGGGAGUUCCAUGGGCCAGGGCUGGAAACUGUUGGGGGCCCUCUCGCUGGUCUUGGUCGUGUAUUCAGCGUCAAGGCCUGACGCACUUCUUCCUUCGGCUUCGCGGAAGCCGAUGCGCCAUGGAAUGAUGCGCCUGACCGUGGCCCUGGCCCUGCUGCGCGCGGAGGCCGGCUAUGGCGCUUCCCAGGCCCUGCGCGGGCUCGGGUCGACGCUGGGGUCCAGCCCGCCCAAAGUGGCGGAGGCAAUGGACCUGGCCAGGCACAAGGCGGAGGCUCUGGCCAGCCAGAUGGAGCACAACUGCGUGGGCGAUUUGCCCAACUCUGCCGGCUGGUCUGUUGACAAACGCAGCUGGUGCUGUGCUGUGAUGGGCUUGGGCUGCGAUUCAACAUCGGUGCUAUACCGCCUGCCUGCAGCUACAGCUGCGGUGGGGCAGCCAUGGCAUCAGACCGCGCUGGCCCUUGGGGCUUCCGGGCACUUUGAGGUGAAGGCUUCUGCAGAUGGGCAGCCCUUGCCCGAGUGGCUCAGCUUCAGGCACGGAAGCUUCGAGGGCACCGCGCCGGCGCCUCAGCAGCUGCUGCUGCGGCUGGAGAUCCGGGGCUUCGGGGCCGCGCUGCUGCCGUUCACCGCGGCCAAAGGCGCCAAGGUGGCGGAAGCGCCCACGCCGCCCCCAGCAGCGCCGAUAGUUGUCCAGCAGCUUCCGGAGGCAAUGGCAAUGGCAGGCCGCAGAUUUCACAUGGACGUCCCAGCGACCACCAUCAUUGAUCCUGAUGGGCAGAACGUGACUUUGAGCGCCAGGCUCCCUGGAGGUGAGUUGCCAACGUGGCUCAGCUUUGAUCCAGCCAAAGGGUUUUCAGGCGUAUCUCCGACACAGCAGGACCUGCAGAUAUCUGUGGUUGGAACCAAUGCCCAUGGGCAAGCGAGCACAGAUUUUCAGCUUCACGUCGGCUCAGGAAAUGUGGCGGCCCCAGCGCCCAAAUCGGUUGCUUCACCUUCCGUGAUUCUGCGACUAGAUGAUGUGAUGGCGCCAGUCGGGACACGGUUUCAACAUACCCUUCCGCAAAUAGAAUUGGUGCAUGAGGAUGGCACUUCGGAUGGAUUUCGCUACACUGCUUCGUUGGAAGGAGGAGGGGGCUUGCCUGAUUGGCUCAGCUUUCAUGCGGACCGCAUGUCAAUCACCGGGAUUCCACCAAGCAAGGGUGAAUCUUGGAUUGUCGUCAAGGGUACGAAUGGAGACCGGGCAGCUGGAGUGAUGUUGCGCCUGACCGCCGUUGAUGCUCCACAAAACGGUGACGUUCCAAGCGUGCUUGCCGAAGUUGGAAAGCCGCUCCACCAUGCGCUUCCAAGCAAUGCGAUAGUGGACCCUACUGGUGGAGACUUGUCUUUCAGCGCCUCCUUAGCAGACGGAGAGGAUUUGCCACAGUGGCUCCACUUUGAUCCGAAGCAAAAGACAUUCUCAGGUACUCCACCCAAAGCAGAGCAGUUAAAGAUCUCGGUUUCGGGCAAAGAUGCGCAGGGGCUGUCAGCUUCAACUGAGUUUUCUCUGAACGCGGACCAGUCACCUCUGAUUGCCAAUCCCUUGCCGAAUGUGGAUGCUGAAGUCGGCGAGUUGCUCCAUCAUGUACUCCCCAGCAAUGCGAUAGUGGACCCUGAUGGUGACGAUUUGUCGUUCAGUGCCUCGUUAGCGGACGGAGAGGAUUUGCCGCCGUGGCUUCAUUUUGAUCCGAAGCAAAUGAGAUUCUCGGGAUUUCCACCGAAGCAAGAGGAGUUGCAGAUCUCGGUUUCGGGCAAAGAUCCGCAAGGGCUGUCAGCUGAAACAGGCUUCUCACUGGUCGUCAAGCCACCUGUCGGACCGGCAGUCCUCAAACAGCUGCCCGACGUGACGGCCCAGUUUGGGAAGCCACUGCACGAUACGAUUCCAAGCGACGCGAUCGUAGACCCCAACGGCGGAGAUUUGUCUUUCAGUGCCUCUUUGGCAGACGGAGAGGCCUUGCCACCCUGGCUUCACUUCGAUCCGGAGCAAAAGACAUUCUCAGGAACGCCGCCCGAAGAAGAACAGUUACAGAUCUCGGUGUCGGCCAAAGACAAGGAAGGGUUAUCAGCUUCAACUGGGUUUUCGCUGGGAGUGGGCAGGUCACCUAUUGCCAAGCCCUUGUCGGAUGUGCAGGCCGAAGUUGGAAAGCCGCUCCAUCACGCGGUUCCGAGCAAUACGAUUGUGGACCCUGAUGGCGGAGAUCUAUCUUUCACAGCCUCUUUGGAAGACGGAGAGGUUUUGCCGCAGUGGCUUCACUUCGAUCCGGAGCAAAAUAUAUUCUCAGGCAUUCCGCCCAAAGAAGAGCAGUUGCAGAUCUCGGUCUCGGGCACAGAUCCGCAAGGGCUGUCAGCUGCAACAGGCUUCUCUUUGACGGCGGGCAAGUUGCCUGUAGUGACUGGACGCUUGCCAGCUAUAAAUGGCAAGAUUGGCAAGAAGCUGCAUCACAAUAUCCCCAUUGCUAUUGUUGACCCAGAUGGUGGAGACUUGGCUUAUAGCGCCUCCCUGGAUGGUGGAGAAGCAUUGCCAGACUGGCUCCAGUUCGACCCCGAGCAAAUGACAUUCUCAGGCACUCCUAGUGGCGAAGGAGACUGGACCGUUGCUUUGAAAGGAGUUUCGGCGCAAGGUUUUUCUUCCUCGGCUUUGAUGGAUGUGCAUGUUGGCGGGGGCCCAACGGAUCAGAUGGCCACGCAGUUGCAGGGCUCUCGGCCGGUGUCUCCGCCGGAGCUUGGGCCGCAGCACCACUGCAGCGAAGCUGACGUGGUCUACGAGCCGCUGGACAUGGACAUGUCCCCCAGCCAGGCCUUGCAGGCUGAAUCUACUGAGGAGGAGUGCCAAGAUUUGUGCCGACAAAAGCAAGAUUGCGGCUACUUCUCCUUCUACCAGCCCUUGAAGUUGCAUGUCGGCACCGUUAGGCGGUCGGCUUUUGCCAAUUUAUGUAGCGGCAAAGCACGAGGCCGUCGAUGUGAAUUGCAAGCGAGGCUUUGCCACCUGUCGACACCAAUGGCGCAGAAGCGGACUGGCGCCGCUGGCUUCAUCGCCGGCAGCGCAUUUUGCGAAACAGGCUGA